CGCAUUUCUCUUGCUUUGGCUUCGGUUUUUUCGAGUGUCGUGAUCUUUCCAUGACAGUGGAGAUCUACGUUUGCUUGUGAGUGAGGGCGGCGUAAAGCGAGAGACUUCUUCCAACCCUUUCGUUUGUAGCCAAGGCUCGUUUACCUUUGUUUUCAUCUCCACUACCUCUGAGAUCUCCUGUGGCUGACGUGUAGAUUUGCUUGGAUUUGGCUGCAAGGCCUGGUGUAGUUCUUUGUCGUGCGAGGAAAUUGCCCUGAAGUAGCCAUGGCCGCGGGACCAGGUCCUUACAAUUAUUCGUAUAUCUUCAAAUAUAUCAUCAUCGGUGAUAUGGGAGUUGGCAAAUCAUGUCUUCUUCACCAAUUCACUGAGAAGAAAUUCAUGGCGGAUUGCCCACACACAAUUGGUGUUGAGUUUGGCACACGGAUCAUUGAGGUUUGUGGUCAGAAAAUCAAGCUACAAAUUUGGGACACGGCUGGCCAGGAACGGUUUCGUGCUGUCACAAGAAGCUACUACCGUGGUGCUGCAGGUGCUCUGAUGGUCUACGACAUCACCAGACGGAGUACAUACAACCACCUCAGCAGCUGGCUGACGGAUGCGAGGAACCUCACCAACCCCAACACGGUUAUUUUCCUAAUAGGCAACAAAUCAGAUCUGGAAGCGCAGAGAGAUGUAACGUAUGAGGAAGCAAAACAAUUCGCCGACGAAAACGGUCUGCUCUUCCUCGAAGCUAGCGCUAAGACUGGUGACAACGUUGAGGAUGCUUUCCUUGAGACUGCGAAGAAGAUCUACCAGAACAUCCAGGAUGGAAGCUUGGACUUGAAUGCAGCAGAGUCUGGCGUUCAGCACAAGCCCAACCCGCAGCGAACAGACGUUCGCAAUGAUCGGCCAGCAAAGAGCGACGGCUGCUCUUGCUAACGCCUUCUCCAAGAGAACGGAGAGAAAGAGAGAGAGUGUGUGUGUGUGUAUACGUCUUGCGCUGUGCUCGCAUCGCCCUGGCGGGAGAGGGCAUGCACGGAGUCGGCUGCCGUUGACCUCGCUCCCUUCCCCCGCCUACAGUGCUGUAAGCUCUGAUGUAUUGACUCGGUGAGGGAUGGAGAUAUCUUUUCAUUGCUACGACCCGUAAUGUCAUUUAUAAUGCUCGUGGCAUAUAGGCCCCCCUUUUUUAUAGUAAGAUUUAUCUCCUGCCCGUAUGUUCUCCUGUAGUUAGAUCAUUCAUUUGUGGCCUUCUCCUUGUCUCCUCUAUCUUCGCACAUGUUUGGGAUUCUAUCUAUAUAUUUUAUUGCUGACUGUACUCACCCACUCACGUGCACCCACUCGCUGUAGCCAUCCUGUGCUCUAUUGAAGGAAGCUAUUGCCUUUCCUAGCAGACGCCGCGCAUUCCACACGUGCCCAGCGCGUCCCACUUCUCUGCCCACGCUAAGCAAUGAGAGUUGUUGGGCGAUCCCUGUAGUGACAAAGGUUUGCCAAUUGCAAGUUAUCUCGUGACAUGUUUUCGUUUUUGCUAUUGGCUAUUUUUUCGUCUUAUUGCGUUCAUCAUUUCCAGUGGUUUGCCCCUUAUUAGUCGGUGUCCGUAACGGUGCCUGCUCACUGCAGCGCGGUUGCUUUCGUGGCUCGCCCAGUCUAUCGCAGCCCUUCCCUCCCUGCUAGCUGCGUUGUAUUUAGUGUGCCUGUCGCUCUCCGUCUGCGGCGGCGGUAUGGAUGCUGUCCUCCUUUGCUUUCAGCAGUGUGGUGACGCCAGCGACGACCCAAUCCCCCUUGUUUGCCACGACCUACACCAGUUAGCAGGCUCUGUGCAGCAAGCCAGCUUUGCACCUGUGUCUGCUUUCUAUUGUUUUUAUCUGACUCCCCGGUCUCUUUUUUUUUCUUCUUGUUUCUUUCUUAGUGUAUUCUGUCGUUGGCUUUGUCAUGGUACUGUCAUGGUACUGUCCCGUCCCUUUCAUAGCACCCGUUUUGGCGUACUUCCUGUCUAUGCUUCGUUGUUCGCUGUAUCUAGUAUUCCAUUUGAUUUUCUGAAUUGAUUUGUGUAACUGCAA